CAGCCAGAUUCCUGCUGGGAUUUGUCGCUGGAGCAUGCGCUCGAUAGAGAAAUGACCCGCGUUUGAUAUCCGCUCCGCUUCACUGAUUGCGUUUCACUUCUCUUGACCGCUCCAAUGUUCGCUUCAGAUUAUCUUCUUCCCCCAUCGAUCGAUCAUCAACCAAGUUUUGUUCUCAAGUCAACUAUCCAACUUCAUCAUGGAGGUGUUCCUCAGCCGUAUACCGCCCCAUUGUACGGAGCGCGACUUGAAAAGACAGCUCCGCGCACCUCUCUCUGAGUUUGGUAUCACAAACUACGUGUGCGAGAAAUUCGGCAGCAAGCCUUGUGGCAAGCUGAUCUUCCUCGAUGUUGCAAAAGGCGAGCAGUUUCUUGCAAAGUAUGGCCUCGUCAAUGGCCAGCGCAAGUCAGCUUUCCCGCUCACUAUGAACGGUCAACCCGUAAACUGCUCACUGUCCAAGAACCAGCCAGAUCCAUGGCUGCUACGCAGUCUCAAGGCCAACAUCAUCGCUCAGCCCCAGGCGCUUGCACAAAGUCGACCUACCAAUGGGGGAUCCCAGGCGACUACUUUUAGUAUAUCCUCUCUACACUGCGGAAUUUGGUCAUUCGUCGAUGGUGAGCUCACCUUUGUGCCUCAUUACAUCGACGUAAGACAGGGCAAGAUCAUUUUUGGCCAACGUCAAACUGCCAUACUAUUUGACGAUAGCCAUGGCAAUGACCACGGCGAACAGUUCGCCACUCGUAUCAAUAUCAAAUACUUCGACAUCGAUACGGCGACUAGUGGCAAUUACGAGCAUCCGACCAUCACCUUCAACCUUCACUGUCCACCGAGCUUCUAUUGCUCACCCUCGGUAGAGCUCGUGGACCUGUUCGCCCGGGUGGGGCUCAUGAAUCCUGGGCUGAGAAUGCAGCCACCGAAGAAGAAGCGUGUCACCAGUAUCAACCAGGCCCAUGCCGCCGUGGCAUCUACUUGCCAUGUCUACCAAAUCCAGCUUGCCGAUUACAGACAGCUUCCAGAUGUCUUCCGCCUGCUGAAGCACAAUCGUCAUACCGCAUCCGUUACCGUCAAUCAUCCGACACCAUCCAUGCCCCCUUCUAUGGCUCUCAGCGGCGCGUUCGCGCGACUAGAGCUACAUCUUGCCUCGAUGCAGCCCUAUCGUGAUCUCGCUUUCGAUGUGAAGUUUCAGCUUCUCCGCUUGGCCAGGAACGGGGCGCUCCAGCCGGAUCAAGUUGUUCUGAUCUUACCCGCGAUUUCUCUGCUGGUAGCUAACCACGAUGGACCGGCCAUAGUCGAGUCGUUGAAGCGUCUCUAUCAUAGCCUGCAGUUGAUUGGACCUCAUGUCGAGGCACAAAGCUAUUCUAUCGAGACACUCACCAACAACUUGCUUGACUACGCCCAAGACUACGAUCGAUCAAAGCUUCAGAACUCAUAUGACCAAGCCAACCACCAUGCUCAUAUUGUUCUGGUCCACAAGUUGACGGUCACUCCAGCCGGUGUGUAUCUGGAGGGACCUGAGCCAGAAGUCAGUAAUCGUGUGCUGAGAAAGUAUGAAGAUCACCCCGAUUAUUUCAUGCGCGUCACUUUUGUGGAUGAGGAUGGCGAACCAGUGCGCUUUGACGGUCAAGCCGACCAGAAAGAAGUCUACGCUCGCUUCAAGAAGUUUAUGGAGUCAGAGUAUGUUAUCGCAGGCAGAGGCUUUUCCUUCCUAGGAUUCUCGCAUUCAAGUCUUCGUUCGCAGACCUGUUGGUUCAUGGCACCUUUCGAAUUUGAAGGCACACUGAUGCAUGCUCCAGAGCUCAUCAAAGGGCUUGGAGACUUCAGCCAUAUCCGCUCUCCCGCUCGUUGCGCUGCUCGUAUUGGUCAGUCUUUCACUGAUACGACCGGUACUGUAGAGGUGGAAGCUGGUAUGCUUGGACGCAUUCCAGACGUCGAACGCAAUGGACGUUGCUUCAGUGACGGUUGUGGUACCAUCUCUCUUGACCUUCUCCGCAAGGUCUGGCGUGUCUAUGGUCCACGUCGUACGCUCAAGCCCACCAUCCUCCAGAUCAGAUUCGAUGGUGCGAAAGGAGUCGUGUCUCUUGACCGCCGUCUUGGCGACGAGCAGUUCAAUAUUCGCCCUUCCAUGGUGAAGUUCUCUGGUUCUGGCUCCAUCACACUCGAAGUCUGCGGUGCAGCUUGGCGCCCUUAUCCCAUGGUGCUCAACCGUCAGUUUAUCAAGAUUCUUGAGGAUCUGCAGGUGCCCAUCGAGUCUUUCAUGCGUCUACAAGAACAGGCCGUGGAGAAGCUGAGAAUGAUGACCACCAAUACUUACAACGCCUCAUUCCUUCUGAAUGACACUCAGACAAGCAAAGCUGCAAGGCUUCCAUCCCUGAUCGACAUGCUGGCCGACAUUGGCCUCGACUACCACGAUGAUACUUUCCUUCGUGGUGUCGUCGAGAUGGCUGUAAUCACAAAGCUGCGCGAGAUCAAGUACAAGGGCCGCAUCCCGGUCCAGAAUGGAGUCACACUCUAUGGCAUCAUGGAUGAAACUGGCUAUCUCAAAGAGGGACAGAUCUACGUUACCACGCAGAGCUCCCCUGAUAAGCCAAAGAAAGUCCUGACUGGGGGCAAGGUCAUUAUCACACGUUCCCCUGCUCUCCAUCCUGGUGACAUCAGAACCGUGGAAGCCAUCGACGUGCCCAGCACUUCUCCUCUCGAUCAGCUUCGCAACUGCGUUGUAUUCAGUCAACAUGGCGACCGCGACCUUCCCAGUCAACUCAGCGGAGGUGACCUGGACGGCGACCUCUACAAUGUCAUCUUCGAGCCUACGUUGAUGCCUCAGGUAAACAGUGCUCCGCCAGCUGACUACCCUCGAGUUCCUGGUUACGAGCUUGAGCGCGAAGUCACCAUUCACGACAUGAGUUCCUUCUUCGUCGAAUUCAUGGAGACUGAUCAACUUGGUCAGAUUUGCAACCGCCAUCUCCAGAUUGCUGACCAGAAGCUUCGGGGCGUGUUCGACGAUGACUGUAUUGCUCUUGCCGACAUGGCAUCACAAGCUGUCGACUUCUCCAAGACUGGCAUUGCGGUGAGUAUGGACCGCGCUCCUCGAGCCCAGCGCGUCAAGCCCGACUUCAUGGCCCCUAGCCCCCGUGUCAUCCUCGAAUCUGGUGGUCUCGCAAGCUUCCAAGACGCUCUCGAAAACGAACAAGACGAAGAAAACGACCCCAUCAGCGAUCUUGACGGCGUCCGUCCGAUUCGUUACUACCGCAGUGAAAAAGCCCUCGGCCACCUCUAUCGCGCAAUCGACGAACACCAAUUUCUAGAGACUAUGCAGAAUGUGCCUAAACUGGCUCAUGGACUGGAAGAUACCGUGCUGGACACCCUGUGGACCUAUAUCCAACAGCACAUUUCUGUUGUUCAGUGGCAGCAUCACACAGAUCUGGCUAGACAGAUUAGAGAUGGUUACGAACAAACCCUCCUCCAAUCCCUCUACCAAUUUGCUUCCUCACCACGCCACCCGCUCACCGAGACCGAGAUCUUCUCUGGCACUAUCCUCGGCCGCGACGGUGGAAAGCAAUCCAAGCGCGUCCGCGAGACCACUCAAGCCAUGCGCGCACAACUCGAAGACGUCCUCACCUUCACCAUCUCCCGCAUCAUCGAUGGCGACUAUGACGAAGACGACCGCAAUGAAGAAGCUCUGCCCAGAGCUAUUGCAUGUCUGGCUAUUGGCAUGAAUGAACCUUCGUACGGAGAUAAGAAGGUUGGCGAUUUGCAGAGUUGGAAGUACAUCGCUGCCGGUGUUUGCCUGAGAGAGGUCAAGAGGUGGUUUGCUGUUGACAUGGGAAGAUAUGCUUUGCCGAUAGUGCGUCGUUGAUGAGACAGAACGAAGAGGAAAGGACAUACCAGGUUGCUCCAUGAUUGCUGCCACGAUAGUGUAUGAAUGAC